AAAUGAGAAAUUAACAUGUGCCCUCCUCCAUUGGCUGUGGAAAAAGGGAGAUUUCCCAAAGAGGAUUGGUUCCCAGCCGCAAAGGGCAGGCUUUUGAUUGGAGAGUCCUUUGUUUGUUGCCAGCGCUUUAAGCCUGAUCAACUGAAAACGAUUAAAUGCUGAUCCGUGCAGUAAAGGGUUGGAUCGCAACAACGUGUUCUUCUAAAGGCUUAAAAAGGCUCUGGUGUACUGCACGUCCUGCACGAAGGGAAUUGUCAGACAGCACCAUGGCUAGCUUAUUUAUCAAGUCUCUCUCUGCAUCUUUGCACUGGAAGGCGGUGAAGUUUUCCGCCGCUGGUUUAGCCCCGGGAUUUUGCACAAAAGGUGUUGAUGUGCUGCCUUUUGAAAGCUAUGAGAAACGCAGUCGGGCUUCUCGGCAUAGUCCAGCGGAUCCCAUUGACGCCAGCAGACCCAGUACAGCAGGGAAGAUGGAGAACAAAACUUAUCUGUGGAGCCGAUACAAUGAGAUGAAGAAAUUAGUCCAUGAACUCAUUCCCCCAGGAAUCUGCAACCUCCUCAAUCCUGCAAACAUCUAUUCCAAUAAUGAGGUUAAUUUGGGAAACAUUGAAAUUUAUGGAUUUGAUUAUGAUUAUACUCUGGCACAGUAUUCCAAUUUGCUGCACACAAUGAUCUUCAAUACUGCACGAGAAAUACUCAUUGAUCAAUAUAAGUAUCCAGAAGGAAUAAGGAAGUAUGAAUAUCAACCUAACUUUGCCAUCAGAGGCCUCCAUUAUGACGUGCGGAAGGGAUUUCUAAUGAAGAUUGAUGCUUUCCACUAUGUCCAGUUAGGAACAGUGUACAGAGGACUCAGUCCAGUACCAGAUGAGGAAGUGUUUCAAAUGUAUGAUGGCACUCAACAUGUUCCUUUACACCGAAUGAGUGAUUUCUAUGGCAAGGGUCCUACUAUGAAACAGUUCAUGGAUAUUUUCUCCCUUCCUGAAAUGACUCUUCUUUCUUGUGUGAAUGACUACUUUAUUAACCACGGCAUUGAAUAUGAUCCUGUUCAUCUCUUCAGGGAUGUGAGCGAUGCUGUAACCAGUGUUCAUGUCAAAGGAAUGAUGUACAAUUGGAUUGAACAGGACCUAGAGAAAUACAUUCUGCAUGGUGAUGAAACAUAUGCUGUCCUAAACCGGCUGGUUAAUAAUGGAAAAAAGCUCUUUCUUAUAACCAACAGUCCUUUCAGCUUUGUUGAUAAAGGAAUGAAACACAUGGUGGGAAAGGACUGGCGGGAUCUCUUUGACUUGGUGAUUGUCCAAGCUGAUAAGCCAGGUUUCUUUACAGAUAAGCGCAAGCCUUUCAGAAGAUUGGAUGAUGCAGGUGUGUUGCAGUGGGACAAAAUCAACAGGCUAGAGAAGGGAAAGAUGUAUAAACAGGGAAACCUAUUUGAUUUUCUACGACUGACAGGCUGGGGUGGAUCCAAGGUGCUUUAUUUUGGUGACCAUCUGUACAGUGACCUGGCAGACUUAAUGCUGCGACAUGGCUGGAGAACAGGAGCAAUUGUACCAGAAUUGGAUACAGAAAUCAGCACCAUUAACACCGAGCAGUUUACACAUGGACUGACCUGGCUACAGGUUCUGACAGGACUUCUGGAGAGGCUGCAGGUUUAUCAGGAUGCUGAGUCUAAACAAGUGCUCGAUGAAUGGAUAAAGGAGAGACAAGAAUUAAUGUCUUUGACCAAGAAUUUAUUCAAUCCCCAGUUUGGGAGCAUCUUCAGGACCUAUCAUAACCCAACCUAUUUUUCACGAAGAUUGUGCAGAUUCUCUGACAUCUACAUGUCAUCCAUCAGUUGUCUGUUAAACUAUGACACCAGCUACACCUUCUAUCCGAGACGGACUCCUUUGCAACAUGAAGCACCACUCUGGAUGGACCAACUUUGCACCGGCUGCAUGAAGACUCCUUUCCUGGAAGAGAUGGUCCACAUGCGAUAAACUCCAUUUUAAUUCCAUUGCAGAUUUGUUUUAAUGGUACACUUCAUCUGAAAAGUUUACCCACAGGUUGUAAACAAUGUGGCCUGUUCUUAUUUGAAAUGGUGUGAAUUGAACAUUGAAUAGAACGUGAUAGUGCUGAUCGAAAUGAUCAUGAUCAUAGUGAAAUAGAGUAACUACUGUUGUUCAUCCUUCCUAGACUAGGCCCAAUCCCACUUUCCAGUCAAUGAUACCUGCUGUGGAUUCUCUCCCUUGUUUGGAAAUUCAAGCCUGCUUUACAUAGUCUGCAAAAAUAUCACUGAAAACAUAAGGUCUGGAUGGAUGACUCUCAUUGGUCCAAUUACCAGUUAUUUAAUUUCCACAAUUUGCAGAGAGUUCACCUUUUUUAAAAUUUUAAUAUUUGUCACUGGCUGUAAGACCUAAACUUUUUAACAGUAGUGUAACUGUAGAAUCUCACUUCAGGCUAUCCGUCUCUGGGGUCUCUGCAUCUUGCUAAUGAGAAAUGUGAGGGUGCACAUGGAAAGUGGAAUUGUAUUUAAAAUGUGUUGUACAAUACAUUGAAUUCACUUUGAUACAUUGUGAUGUGGGACUUGUUAAAGGGAAGAAUUAUUAACGUGGUUAGAUAGUUGUAUUUAUAGAUAUUCCACGCUAGGAUGUUUUACUUGAAGCCAGCUUAAGCAUUUUGAAAACGUAUAAAGAAUGUUUUAACUUUGAACAGCAUGUGUACUGGUUCUUUAGAUGCUUUUUGAAAGGUGUUUCACAUGAUGUAAUCUGGACCAGAUCACAAACUUCUGUUCAUAGUGCCCACAAGAUUCAGCAAUUGAAGCUGUUCAGAUCUGCGAAGUUUUAAGCUUUAAGCUUUUUCUGAAACUAAUUUCUUCUCUUUCCUCCCCUCCCCCCCCCCCCCCAAAAAAAAAUCCUCCCCAAAACCACACAACAUUGCAAUGUAAACACUUCUUUAUAUGAUCUUAUCUCAAACUCUGGCAUUGGACCAAAUUUGUUUUAGCAUUUUGCAACAACAAAAUGCUAUUUGGAGGGCCAUAAUGAGGCAUAAAAUGCAACUGCAUUUCUCACUUACAUCUAGUAAUAAGUGUUACAUUAGAAUUUAUCAUUUUAAGGGGUCACCAGUGAGUUUUAAUAUUCAAAGAUGCUUAAAACCAAUUUCAUGCACAGAAAGUGUGUCCAGACAUUGUGUUCCUUUGUGAAUUGAUAGAUUACCCUGAAUCUGUGGUAUAAGGAGUUUUGAAACUGGAGAGAAUGAACUUGUUCUGGGCCCAGUGGUCAGAAAAGUAUCAUAAGGAAGAAAGACUUGGAACGGAACGAAGAGAAUGUGCUUUUACUAGUUUACGUAUGUUCUAAAAUGUGACAAAAACAAUAGGGAAAAAUUUAAGGGAGGAUAUUAUAGGCAUUUCAUCGUGGCUAUAAAAACUUGCACCUUUUUUUGUUUUAUAAUGUGGUAUGGUGACCUGAAGCAUUUGCCUGUUUAGAAGAUUAGAGUUGAGUAAGUUGGUUGAAGGGAUAGUGAAAGGUUUGGGAGAAGUUGUAGCUGGGUAGAUAAACAUAGGUAGGAUUUUGGAGUGAUUCGGCUGAAAGCUCUGUAUCCAGUGUGACAGCAAAAGGUUGUCAGGGGGUAUGGGAUGAAUGGGUGGAAACACUCAAGUUGGCAAUACAGAAAUUAAAACUGUGGUUCAGUGAGAAAGCUGGAUGUUAGAGGCAAGAUGCUGCUGCAAAUAACCUGAUCUAAACUUCUGCUGACAUGCUUACCCAUACUGACAGGUCAUUUUGUUGAAUCUUGAAUAAAUUUGUUACAGAAAUAUUGAAAAUAAAACUCUUUGAUCUAUUAUUACUAGUAGAUCAAUGGUGCUGUUGCUCUGAUGUGGAGCCUAUUUCGGUAUUUUGCUGCUAAGCUGGCCUGUUCCAUCAGGCCUGUUGUUAGAGUACCCUGUGCAGAAAUCUAGGUUACAGCUUGUUGUUUCAGGAUAAUUUAAGGUCAGUAAAUUGCUUGAAAAUGAAAGUGAAAUAUUACUGAUGCUGUAAAUUCCUUGAUUUUAGGCUGUAGGUGAAAAGACCCCACUAAGCAGACUUACUUAACGAGCUGUGAUCUCUGUAUUGAGACAUGCAUGCACUAAUUGUAUUGAGUUAAAACUGUCAUUCUGCAGACUAAGCUCAAUGUAGUAAUUGUUUUUUUGAUUUUACCAAUACAUAGUGUUGUUUAUAGUUACUUAUGGUACUGGUUCUGACCUCAAACUUUACAACCUUUUUUUGUCUGUGGUUUAACUGCACACAUCAGUUGUGUAAGUCAGUACACUUGGAUUUUGAUUUAAUGUUCCAGUUUCUAAUGUUUUGAGAUUUGGAAAGGGUACCAUUUUAAGCUUUCUUUCACCUUUUUUAGCAUGAACAGCUUCAGUAAAAAUUGUGAAUUCAUCACAUGAUCACCAAAAAUGUACUUAGCAGUCCAUUCAAUGCAUUAGUGCAGUGAAAAUCCACCCAAUUCUCAAACACGUUCUCUUAAAAUCCCAUACUCCCAGCUUUAUGUAAUGUCAAAGGACCAUGGAGUACGUUGUUUUUAUCAACAGCAAAGUGAGAUGAAAUCGAGGUGGCUACCACCUUAGCAAGCAUUGUAUUUUUCUUCAGUUCAUCUUUUAUGUGGCUUUGAAAGACUUGUUAAUAACUGCAAAUGUAUUUUCAAUUAAAUCUUUAUAAACUGA